AUGGGAAUGACAAAAUUACAUGGCCUGGCUAUUCUAGUGACAGCAGGGAUCACUGGUGCAAUCUGGUACCACUACCCUUUCUCCCCAGCCAGAGCUCAGGAACACAAAGCCUCUCAUGGAGACGAUUCAGUCCUAAAAAUAGAUGAAACAUCUCUGAUGCUUCCAUGGAGGAGGGAUGUGCUGGUGCUGACACCAUGGCUGGCUCCAAUUGUCUGGGAAGGCACGUUCAGCAGAGACAUCCUGGAUGCUCAAUAUCUGCAGAAGAACCUGGUCACUGGAGUGGUCACUUUUGCUGUUGAAAACUAUGUCCAGUUCAUAGAAGGGUUCAUGAGCUCUGCCAACGAAUACUUCCUUGCUGGGCACCCUGUGAACUUCUACCUGUUCACAGACUGUCCCGAGAAGGUCUCCCACCUUCAGAUGGCCCCUGAGAACCACCUGUUUGUCAUCCCUGUCCAGCAUGACCCCAGGUGGCAGGACAUCUCCAGGAGCCGCAUGGACAUGCUCAGCUCCUACAUCCAGAGCCAGUUCCAGCACGAGGUGGAUUAUCUGUACUCCGUGGAUAUCAAUGUCCAGCUCCUGGCACAUAUUGGCGUGGAGAUCAUCGAUGCCUUGGUGGCCACCAUCAGCUCCUGGCAGGUCACCCCACAGCAGGAGGACGAAGCCUCUGAGAAACACUCUGAGUCACAACCUGCCAUCCCUGAGGGACAAGGGGACUUCCACUACACUGCCAGCUUCUAUGGGGGCAGCGUGGCUGAGGUGUACAAGCUGACCAGAGCCUGCUCUGCAGGGCUGCUGCAGGACAGAGAAAAUGGCAUUGAGGGUCCCUGGCACCACGAGAGCCACCUCAACAGGUACCUCCUGCAGCACAAACCCACCAGGCUGCUGUCCCCAGAGUACUACUGGGACACAGAGCUGAGCUCCAGCAGCAUCCUGGUGAAGAGGAUGUGCCCUGUGCACCAGCACAGCCAGAGGCAAGCUCCUCAAACAAAGAGUGUGAGGCCUUCCUUCUUCUCUGUCUGA